AUGAAGAGGUCCAAAGAUGAUGUUUACAUGAGUUCACAACUCAAACGCCCCAUGCUGUCUUCUAGAGGAGAACCCUCGGGGCAACCCCAAGUGAUGAGUGGUGGUCAGAAGUUAACUACAAAUGAUGCUUUAUCGUAUCUAAAGGCAGUAAGAGAAAUGUUUCAAGAUGAUAAGGAGAAGUAUGAUGAGUUUUUGGAAGUCAUGAAGGAUUUCAAGGCCCAAAGAAUUGAUACAGCUGGUGUCAUAGAAAGAGUGAAGGAGCUUUUUAAAGGGCAUAAAGAUUUAAUUUUGGGAUUUAACACCUUCUUGCCAAAGGGAUAUGCAAUCACACUUCCAUUGGAAGAUGAACAACCUCCACAGAAGAAGCCUGUUGAAUUUGAAGAAGCUAUAAAUUUUGUGGGCAAGAUUAAGACUCGUUUUCAAGGCAAUGACCGUGUUUACAAGACUUUUUUAGACAUACUAAAUAUGUACAGAAAGGAAACCAAGUCUAUCACCGUGGUUUACCAAGAGGUUUCUGCUCUCUUCCAAGACCAUGCAGAUCUUCUCGAGGAGUUUACUCAUUUUCUUCCUGAUACCUCUGGAGCAGUCUCUGCUCAUUUUGCCUCUGCUCGUAAUUCUCUCCGUGAUAGGAGCUCUGCAAUGGCAACAGCAAGGCAAUUGCAUGUUGACAAGAGAGAAAAGACAACAGCUUUGCAUGCUGAUCGUGAUCUCAGCAUCGAUCAUCCUGAUCCAGAACUGGACAGAGGUGUGAUGAGGGCUGAUAAGGAGCAUAGAAGACGCGAGAGAGAAAAGGACCGUAGAGAAGAGAGAGACAGGAGAGAACGGGAUAGGGAUGAUAGAGAUUAUGAUAAUGACGAUGAAAAGCUUGACAUGCGCCCUAUCUCGUCCGCUUCUGAGGAUAAAAGUUCUUUGAAAAGUAUGUGUAGUCCAGUGCUUGCUUUCCUUGAAAAAGUCAAGGAGAAAUUAAGAGGUCCUGAGGAUUACCAGGAAUUUUUGAAGUGCCUACAUAUCUACAGCAGGGAAAUAAUCACCCGACAAGAACUACUAGCAUUGGUGGGUGAUUUACUGGGAAAAUAUGCCGAUAUUAUGGAGGGAUUUGAUGAGUUUGUGACACAAUGUGAACAAAAUGAAGGAUUCCUUGCUGGUGUCAUGAAUAAAAAAUCCUUGUGGAAUGAAGGACAUGGACAGAAACCAAUGAAGGUAGAGGACAAAGACAGAGAUCGUGACAGGGAUGAUGGGGUGAAAGAAAGGGACCGUGAACUCCGAGAAAGAGACAAAUCCACUGGAAUUGCCAAUAAGGAUGUUUCUAUUCCUAAGGUGUCUUUGAGCAAGGACAAGUAUGUAGGAAAACCUAUAAAUGAACUGGACCUUUCUAACUGUGAACAAUGUACUCCUAGUUACCGUCUUCUACCAAAAAAUUACCCAAUACCGAUAGCUAGCCAGAGAACUGAACUAGGUGAUGAAGUAUUGAACGAUCACUGGGUUUCUGUUACAUCAGGAAGUGAGGAUUAUUCCUUUAAACACAUGCGCAAAAAUCAGUAUGAAGAGAGUUUGUUUAGAUGCGAAGACGACAGGUUUGAACUUGAUAUGUUGCUAGAGUCUGUUAAUGUGACAAAUAAGAGAGUUGAAGAGAUCUUAGAAAAAGUUAAUGCUAAUAUAAUUCCAGGAGACAUCCCAAUUCGUAUUGAGGAGCACUUAACAGCCCUAAAUCUUAGGUGCAUUGAACGAUUAUAUGGUGACCACGGGCUUGAUGUGAUGGAUGUAUUGAAAAAGAAUGCAUCUCUUGCUUUGCCAGUGAUAUUAACCCGCUUGAAGCAGAAACAGGAGGAGUGGGCAAGAUGCCGCGCAGAUUUUAAUAAAGUUUGGGCUGAAAUAUAUUCGAAAAAUUAUCACAAAUCACUUGAUCAUCGAAGCUUUUACUUUAAGCAGCAGGAUGCAAAAAGCUUGAGCACUAAAGCUUACUUACGCCACAAUGAACUUGGUGGAGCUAGAGGAGAAGACGACUUCGACAUAAUGUUGAGGAAUGAGAAUCUGGUGUGGUGGAUUGGGGGUGGUUGA